UUAAAUUCAGGUUUAAGCCAGAGCAAACAUCAGUAAAGCAGCGUAAAUCAUUGACGUACCAGACAUUAGUACAGAAAGGGUAAUAUGCCGUAUCAUCAAACUAACACAGUAACAUAUCGCUAUAUACAUGUACAUAUAGUUUGACAGGAAAUAUUAAUGUGCAGUCAUACAUGUUCGAUCAUCGAACGAGGCAGUGCAGUGUACUGCGUGAAGAUAAGACUGAAGAUGCCUUUCAUAUCAAAACCCAGUAACAGACAAACAGGAACACCUUCACCUACACCUGGAGAUUUUUUGAACACGCUCUUAAUAGUAAAGGACACUGUCAAUGCAACAUUGCUUACCGAACAUACACGACUGGCAGACUUAUCAAAUGUCCUUUCAGAUGUAGAGGAUCAAAUAAGAGUUGCUGUGGAAUUAACAAUAAAAAAUUUGAAGACAGAAUAUGAAAAAAGGAAACGUAAAACAGUUCCUGGUAUUAAAAGAUUGCAUGACUCGCUAAAAAGCUUGUCAAAGUCGGAAUCAAAGUGCAAAGCAUCAGAACGGUAUUGUAAAAAUGCAGACGCUAAAAAGGCCAAACGUCGUAUCAAGGAUGCAAAGAAACUUUUGCAAGAGUUUACAUCAUCUGAUAUAGAUUUCGGGGUAUCAACUUUUGUUGCAGAUCAGAUCACCCUCCUUUGCCAACAAUUAAUGCAUAUUCCUCCAAAACUAAGCAGUCGCGAAACUAAAGAAGAAUCCAAUGAAGUCCAACAACCAGAAAAAUCUGAUUCAGACUCGGAAGGAAGUAACGGCCGCGUAAAUACACCAACAAGCCAUAUAUAUACUGAGAUAGAUGUAGUUCAAGCUAGGAAUUCCACAUAUCUUACUCCUAGACGGUCCACGUGUAUAUUUCCUUCAGAGCGCGAUGGCAAGACAGACGCAAGCGACAAGGGAAGUCCUGUUCCUCGACUUAAUAGCGUUGUCCUAUUUUCUAGCGAUAGUGAAGAUGAUUACGGAUUUGGAAACACGAAGGCCAAGACAGAUACUAAGCGCCUAAAAUCCACUAAUAGUGGAAAUAGAAAAUCGAGAUCUAAUAAGAAAACUGGUAGGCCGAAGUCAAAAAGCCCCGAUUACGAGAUACUAAAUAAACCAACAAAAAGCGAUUUGUUCAAAAGAAGCAGUUCAUCGGGUAAAAGUCCAUCUCGAAGCAGAAAAUCCAGUCUUGUAAGGUCAUCAUCACCGCUGGUGUACGAUGAUUAUGAGAAACCUGUUAAACGUGAAAUAGAGAGUCUCAGCGCUCCGAUCAAAGAAUAUAUCAAGAGGAUGUCACCUUGUGAAAUCGAAAGCAGUACGCAAAAUAAAGAAAUAGAUAAUUUAAAUGAAGAUCAGGUAUCAGCUGUCAAACAUAAAAAGACUGCAAUGUUUCAGUCAACUGACGAAACAUCAGCACCGUCUGUUUCCCGAAUAACUCACAAACGUUUGUUACCAACUACACCAAAUCACACAGUGGAAGGAAGGAAUAAAGAGUACACAUUUUUGAGACCACCUCACACUCACUGCCAGCCACAAGAUACUGACAGACAGACGGGGGAUUACUAGAAUAUAUUGACCAGACAGACGGGGUAUUACUAGAAUAUAUUGAUCUGCCAGACGGGGGAUUACAAGAAGAUACUGACCAGCCAGACGGGGGAUUAUUGGAAGAUACAACGAGCUCUGUCAGUCUUUCGACAGCAAACAAUACAGUGGAACUACUUAAUGCAGCACAAGUUCUUCUGAACAAAUCUAAUUUUACAGAGACAUACAGUCACAAAGAAUUCAGUCUUGAUGAAAGGACUUUGGAGGAUAGGGUAGGAACGCACGAAGUAGGAACACAGUCAAUGCCUCUAGAAAAUGAUUAUAUUGACGUUGAGGAAAUAAAGUUUAGAGAAUCAGUUAGGUCUGCGAGACGCGAGAUUAUAGACAAACUGAAGAGUAAAUAUGUGUACAAUUGUAAUUCCUCGGCAGCUUUAGACAAAAGCGAUACAAAUACAAGUUCAGGAACUAGUAUAUUAAAUGAAAGUUUGUACAAACACAAUUCCUCUCCUACGAAUGUAUCAAAAGGUGAUAAAUAUAAAAAUACCCGCGUAAACGACUGUAAAAACCCUCUUUCUGGUUACGAAACUACUGACUCAUUCACAGUGCAUACGGACAAAAAACAUUCAACGUCUUUGGUGAAUAAACCUAUCGACAAAACUGUGUUUAACAGGCAUAUAAACGAUACUAAACGAAAUUUUUCAGGUGUUUAUAAAAGUAAAAUGAUAUACACAUACGGUACAGAAAAUAAAUCGAACUGUUCAAUGUAUGAUGAGACACCAUCACAUUCAUUCGUCACCUCGGCAAUUAAAAUGUUUGAAAAUGCAUAUUCCAACGGUGAACAAAACUAUAGUAGAGCAAGGAAGCAAAAACUUGUUGUAAAAUACGAUUAUGGGGCAAGAUAUCGGUCUGUUAGCGAACCACGGUCAGCAAUUUCGACACUAAAAGACAAGUCGAAGACUUCUAUACCCGAUCAAGCGCAGUCUAAUAAAGCAUUGCGGCCACGUAUACAAAGUCAAUCUUCAUAUGACAGAGACAACAGCAAAUUAAAUGAUGGUGAGCCUCUGAACUUGUCGAAAUCCUGUACUGAAAAUGACCUUCUCAAUUUGGUGAGAAACGAAACAUCAAGUUCAAUACGUAAGCAAUGGCGUAAACGCAGAUCUUUGUCAAUGACUCCUCUGGUAAAUGACGUCAGCAAAACACUUGGACCAGUUUAUGAGUACUGGUGUUCGUUUUCUAUUCCUGCUCAAACAUCUCGAUGCUUCAUAUCUGCUAUUGUUGUCCUCGAAGACAGAAGCAUUGUUUUACUUGAUGAACUUCACAAUUAUCUUCAUUUAUUUGACAGAACGUAUAAACAUCAGGAUCAAUACAGACUUUUGGACAUGCCGAGAGGUUGCGUGCAAGUAAACGCUGAUACCGUAGCCGUGGCAUUUCCGUAUAAAAAAUGUAUCUGCACGUACUGUGUUAAAAUGGGAGCCAUAUUAUCCGGAAAUGAAACGACCAUUCCGUGCCGCGAAUGGAUCAUUGAUCUAGCAUUUUCAAACAAUUUACUAUAUGUCUUGUGUAAAGCUGGCGAGGUUCAUGUACUUACGGAAAAUGGAUCUGAAAACCGUUGCAUAAAGGUUGGGAUAGGUGGAAUAUUAUUUAUCCCUCCAAACGGAACACGUUUGUUUAUUCUGGGCGAAGGCAGAGUUUCAAAGUUUGACACAAACGGCACGUUUAUAUCAAGUAAAGCUGACAUAGACGCACAUUCGAUGAUAUUUUUAGAGAACAGGAUAUAUGUUGCUGACAGGCAGAGGCAUAAAUUUGUUCCACUAUCUGACUGCGCUGAUGGACAUAAUUUAAUUGAUAUAAAGAUAAAAUAUCCAACAGCAGUCAGUAGCUCAGUCAAUGGAGAUACACUGCUUAUUAGUCAAUUUGAAGAGUCAAUGGACUUGGCAUUGACAAGCACAGUCAAUGUUCUAAAAUUAAAGAGAAAAUAAGGUCUUUCUCAGAAUCAUGUUUUUUACAGUAUACAAUAGUCUGAUCAUUUUGUACUAAAAUUGUGUAAUUCGUGAAACAUAAUUCAAAAAAUUCAUGUUCUCACUGACUAUUUAAAGUAUAGUAAGUAAUGAUUUAAAGUGAUUGUGAAUUGUUUGCUAAUUUAUUGUUAUUCAUCUGCGAAUCAAAACUUUUCCUUGUUACAAGUAUUUAAAACACAUGACAAGGUAUUGAAUGUAAAAACCAAGCGUUAUUCACUAAAUUAAAAAUGCUCUGUCUAAGA